ACUGGUAUCAGCAGCAGGGCCUGGAAGGACUUCACUGACACAAAUAAGAUGUCAGACGCUUCUCCUGCUGUGUCCUCCGAGGCUAGUUCCUGGAUGUUGACAGAAGACGCCAGACUCCCCCAGGACAGCCCAGACACCACCCUCCGACUAGGAGAUGCCUCAGACUCGAUGUCCCACACAGCCGUCCACACUGACAGCACCUACACUUCUACUGCCAUCAGUCGAGCUGGGGAAAGGACCCUGUUGUCUGUCACCUCCUCUUCCAGUAACAGUACCUCCUCUGCUUUUACAGAGGACUCCAACUCCCAUCAGCCCCCUUCCACUUGGGGGAUUUCUGCUGGGGCUACCGAGACUGAGGACUACACCCACAGUGCGCCAUCCACCAGGACUGAUAGCAGAGACACAACAGACCAGCACAUGACGCACACCUUUAAGGGGACAUUUCCAGAGACAAGUUUAACUGGACAACCUAAUGCCACCCAUCAUCAAUACACCUCAACAUCAGAGGAGACUUCCGACUCGACACCGCCUCUUAGAGUAACAGAGCCCAGCACUGACCAAUCGGAAGUGUCCGUUUCCGCCACACCUUCUGUCACCUCACCUGCAGAAGGCCCUACAAACAUCUCAGGGACAGAGCAGGGGACGGGCUUUAGUGUUACAACCUCUACUGAGUUCUCCACCGGAACCCACAGCUCCAGCACUCAGAACCAGGAGGGCACUGUGGGGGUUUCAUCCCAGACUAGUGACCAAAGCGUUGGCUUGGGUCUGACCACUGCACCCCCAACAGUCAGUAGUACAUCAGAAGUGGACAACUCUCUAACAGACACUCCAGUGCUCAUUACUGAGUUCUUUCACACCAACACACCUGUCACUGUUACAGAAAGAUCACAGAUAACAGAGGAAGACACUUUCAAAGCCUCUGAAUCCACCACCACGACCACCACCACCGCCACCGCAGCAACAACCACCCCUCCUUUACCUGCUACCUCAACCUCCAGAUUUAGUAGCACCGCUAGCAGCUCCACUCCAGGGUCACCUACUGAGGCCACCGUCCCAUACACUACGCCCUCCACCACUCUGGCCUUGCUGACCUCUGCGGCACACGCAACUCCCCACGUGUCACCCAGCCAAACCCAGGGCCCCUCAACUGGGAUGGAUAGCCCCACAAACGCCACCACCCUGGAGAUAGAAACAAGCACGGACACCCCAAAAAUCACCACAACUCACAGCGAGCACAUCACCACCUCCUACACCCACAGAACCCCAACUAAGAGUACAGAGGCUCUGCAUACCACCGGGAAGCAGACGGACAGAGGAACUACAGAGCUGGUUGGGACCACAUCACCCACCAAAGCACCACCAACACCACCAGGGAACCCAUGUGUGUCAAACCCUUGUAUGAACGGAGGGAUGUGUGUGAGCUAUAAAGGGCAUCAAUUUACCUGCCACUGUCAGCAGGCAUGGACAGGGCGGACCUGCAACCAGGAUGUGGAUGAGUGUGAGAGGGACCCGUGCCCUGUUGGGUCCAGGUGUGUGAACACGCGAGGCUCCUUCAGCUGUGAAUGUCCGCUGGGCUUUGACCUGGAGGACGGACGCACCUGCACCAGAGCAAAGGCGUUUCUGGGAACUUUCAGUUUGAACAGAUUGCCGCAUGACCCCGUUAUCUUCAAGAGCGCCACCAUGCACGAGAUCCAGAGAGAGAUUAUUCAGCUGCUCAAUGCUUCGUUGUCAGUCCUCCAAGGUUACAGCCGCUCAACGCUAAGUAAGAACAACUCUGAGGACCCCCUGUUGAAGAUAUCUGCAUUAGAAGGAGAGGCUGGAGUUCGUAUCUCAGCUGUCAACAUGUUUUCCAUUUCCACCGAUGUGACGAGCGCAGAGGUCUACAACAGCAUCCAGAUGUCUCUAAACAACUGUAGCUCCUCAUUGGCCCACUGCCGGAUGGUCCUGCUCCACCAGCUCACCUAUCAAUUGGAAAGUUUGUGUGUGGCCCAGAAGACUCAGUGUGAUACAGAGCGCUCCACCUGCACAGACAACAGCGGCACAGCCAACUGCCAGUGUCUUCAAGGAUACUACAAACACAACCCUGACGACCUGUCCUGCUUAGAAUGCGGGGAUGGCUACAAGCUGGAAAAUGGCACCUGUGUUCCGUGCAUGUUCGGAUUUGGAGGAUUCAACUGUGGAAAUUUUUACAAGCUCAUUGCCGUUGUGGUCUCACCUGCAGGGGGCGCUCUGCUCCUCAUCCUCAUCAUUGCUCUCAUUGUCACCUGUUGCAAGAAAGACAAGAAUGACAUCAACAAGAUCAUCUUCAAGAGUGGAGACAUGCAGAUGUCCCCGUAUGCAGACUUUGCCAAAAAUAACCGCAUAUCCACAGAGUGGGGCAGGGAGACCAUAGAGAUGCAAGAGAACGGCAGCACCAAGAACCUGCUGCAGAUGACUGACAUUUACUACUCUCCUGCGUUACGUAACUCCGAUCUGGAGAGAAACGGCCUGUACCCGUUCCCAGGCCUGCCGGGUUCUCGCCACUCGUGCAUCUACCCUGCCCAGUGGAACCCGUCUUUUAUCAGUGACGAUUCACGAAGGAGAGACUACUUCUGACUGCCCCACCAAGAACACACACACACACGCACACACACACACACACACAAAACUUACUAUCUCUUGUACUGCCAAUUGUGAUGUGUUAUAAUGGUUUUCCGUCGCAGUGAGAGUGGAAGCCCAUUUGACCAUCUGCAUUCAGGGCUGCACACUAACUAUGUAAAUGCAAAUGUGUGUGUGUGCUUGCGUGCGUGCGUGUAUGUGUGCAUAUUAUGGAAGUGCACUUUUUUUACAAGUGAAUUAUUUCCUCUGCAAGUGUUAGUGUGUGGCCAAUUUAGUGUUUUUGCAUGUUGUAUCUCAUUUGCUUCUACUUACACAUUACAUUGCUGCCUCUGUGUUGUUAAAGACUGUUUAAUGGGGUUUUCCUGCCUUGCAGGCAGCCUCUGAUUCUCAUUUAGUUCACUGUGUGAUGAAAAACUAUAUCCAGAUGCUUGAAAUGCGUUUGAGGUAGGCAAUCCAUGACAGUAAACAAUCACAUCUGCCUUGUUGCUGCAUUUUAAUGCAGUGCAGUUAUGCUUGACAUACCUACACUGCAUUACUGCACAAUCUUAAAUAAAAGCAGAUAUAAUACUCACUGUGCUCAAAGACAGGAAUGUGAGUUUAUGACCACCAGGAAUGUGGGGAAAAAAAACAAUAUCAUUACUUUUUUUUUUUAAGCAGCAAUGAUGUGAAGUGUAUGUGAUGUGUAGCAAAUAGACUAGUACAUGCAGAAACAUUGAUACGGUCCUUAAAGUGCUGAAGUAUGAAUAUGUACUGUAUGUGCCACUGCUGUGAUUUGAAAAUAGUCAGUUUCUUCUUAGAUAAUAGUCUGAGAAUAAAGUAUUGAUGGAACGAGAUAAUAACAAAACCACUGAAGGAUGCGCAAUGUUUGUUUUAAACGCCAAUAGAAACUGUGGAACAACUUUGAAUUCUGAUAACAACGUUUAUUUAUUCCCUCUUUGUCCAAGUCCUUGAUAUGUAGCGUACUGGACACCCUACAUACACUCUGACAGACUGGAAAAGGAUAAACUUGCGGUGUGUCUGUGUGUGUGCGUGCGUUUGUGUGUGUGUAUGUGUGUGUGUCUACGUGUGUGAGGAGUAAUGAACUGUAUACCAGAAGGAUCAUAACUGUCAAUGAGUGUUUGAAUUUAAAGAGUGUAUCAUAAUUAGAUUGCUUAUUCUGACAUGGAGUAUUAUUUUUAUGUGACUGUUUUACUUCUUUGUGUUUUUAUAUGAUUUGUUCAUUCUGGCGUUUUAGUCAGACGUGCUUAUUUAAAUAAAAAAUUUGCACAGC